GAGCUCGGAUGAGCUUGGUGCAUGCAGACCAUCAGUGCUGUGCAUUCUUUAGCCGGGGACUAAUUUCCAGACCUCCACUUGGGUCUGGGUAAACAGCACCGCCCCGAUGGUUGUUUGUUUUAAGUGUGGAGCGAUCCGUCGCACAGCGCCGGGCUCGAUUGACACUGUCUGCUAUCUGCUACUGCGGAUUGCUCAGAAUAACAAGGCUGCUCGCUAAUUCCCGUCUAUCGGGGCUUUCGCCGAAACACCGAGAGAGUAGGGUCCAAAAAAAAAAUCCAACAGGGCAGGCAAGAACGCCGCGCCGCCGUUGUCCGCACCCCAGAAUGGCUUCAGGAGAUCUUUACGAGGUGGAGCGGAUUGUGGACAAGAGGCGAAACAAGAAGGGCAAGUGGGAGUACCUGAUCAGAUGGAAAGGUUACGGGCGUAAGGAGGACACUUGGGAACCGGAGCAUCACCUGCUGCACUGCGAAGAAUUCAUCGACCAGUUCAACAGCUCAAGAUGGCAUUCACACAAACGACCCAAGGUCCCAAAAAACCACGGGGAGCCGCUCACAGCCAGCCAGCACUCAGCUACAGAAAACUCCCGGGCGCGGUCUGAAGCCCGUAAGAAGAAAAGGACUAGCGGACCAGCCGUGGGGAUGAGAGUUGGACCCGUUUUAGGAAUUGGAAGUGGAGGGUCGGGACUCUCUCAUAAACAGAAGAAAGUAGGCGCUGGAGCUGGGAAACCUCCUUUGGGGGAGAGAAUGAGCAAAGCCAUGACAUACAAGGCUCAUCCAUCAAGUGGGCCUCACUGUGUUGCCCUGUUGAGGGUUCCUCAUAAUGGACUUCAGAACGGAGAGAUGGAGCCUCUUGUGUAUAGCACAGCACCGAGGUCACAUAGACUGCCUUCAGAUAGGGGGGAAACAGAACUAGGACAAAAAGAUACCACUGGAUCACAGUUCACUACUGAACUAGGCUCCCCUCUCGCCAACGGGAAGAUGCAUCUGCACAGCUCAGUAAAGAGGAAGUUGGCGGAGGAGAAAGGCUACGUGUUUGACAAGCGGCUCAGGUACAACGUGCGACAGAACGAGAGCAACUGUCGAUUCAGAGACAUUGUGGUCAGGAAGGAGGAGGGCUUUACGCAUGUCCUGCUCUCCAGCCAAACCACAGACAACAAUGCUCUAACGCCAGAGAUCAUGAAGGAAGUCUGUCGAGCUUUGGGGAAUGCUGCUGCUGAUGACAGUAAGCUGUUACUCCUCAGCUCUGUGGGGACGGUUUUCUGCAGCGGCCUGGAGCCCUCCUACCUCAUAGGGCGUCUGUCCACCGACCGCAGAAAAGAGAGCAGCCGAAUCGCAGAAGCUGUACGGGACUUCGUGUUGGCGUUUAUCCACUUCAAGAAGCCGAUUGUUGUGGCAAUAAACGGGCCAGCUUUGGGUUUGGGGGCAUCCAUCCUGCCUCUGUGUGACGUAGUGUGGGCUAGCGAGAGAGCGUGGUUCCAAACGCCRUGCGCGGCCCUCCACCUCACCCCCUCUGGAUGCUCSUCUUACACCUUCCCUCAGAUUCUGGGCGUAGCUUUGGCCAAUGAGAUGCUGUUUUGUGGAAGGAAACUCACAGCACAAGAAGCAUGUAGUCGAGGUCUGGUGUCACARGUUUUCUGGCCAACCACAUUUAACCAAGAGGUGAUGCUGCGCGUUAAGGAAAUGGCAUCGUGCAAUGCUUUGGUUUUAGAAGAGUCUAAAUGCUUGGUGAGAAGCAUCCUCAUCUCCGUGCUAGAAGAAGUGAACGAGAAAGAGUGUCAGAUGCUGAAGCAGCUGUGGUGUUCAACCAAAGGGCUGGAGGCGCUCUUCAGCUACGUGCACAAUAAGACCAGCGAAAAGUGACCAUGCGGAGUCUGAAGGACGAAUCCGGGUCUGAGACUGCCCGAGCAGGGAUGAUCGAGAAGAGGAUUUCCAACGCUACCGAGGGUCUUUGGUUCACUCCAUCAGAGAAGAGUUUCUGGACUUUUGUCUACUUGUCUCUCUAAAGACAAAAUAAAUCCCAUCAUCAUCA